AUGGCAGCUGCAAUACCUCGUCAUCUUCUUGAAACAUUAGUUAAUUGUCCAUCAUGUUUACAACGUUAUACUGAACCACGCGUUCUUCCAACAUGUGGUCAUACUAUCUGUUCAAUCUGUCUUGAAAAUGAAUGGAAAGAAAAAUAUAAACGUUUUUGUCCUGUAAAAACUUGUCGAAAAGAAAUAUGUUCAACAAUAAAUUAUUUAACUGACUUACCAUUAAAUCAAACCGUUCUUGAUCUUAUAAAAUCGUGUAAUUUUAAUGUUGAAGCAAAUGGAAAAUGUCAAGUUUGUAAUCAAUCUCCAUCGUUUGUUAAAUGUUCACAUUGUUGUUUAUUUGUUUGUUUUGAAUGUGCUAAUCAACAUAGACGUGAAACAUUAACAACAUUAACAAAUAAUAUAAAUACAUUAGAACAAGAAUAUUUAAAUAUGAAUGAUUAUAUUAAUCAUGCCAGAGAAAAAUUAAUUGAAACACGACAAAAAUCUCUUGAAACUAUACGAAAUCAUUAUACAUGUUUAAUUGAAGAAUUACGUCAUGCACAAAUAACAAAUGAAGAAUUUGUUGAAAGACAAUCAAUAACAUGGAAUAAUGAAUUAGAAUUAAUUAUUGAUGAAUAUAAACCACGUUGUGAACAAAUUUCUAAAACCAUACAAGAAUUACGUACAACAAUAACAGAUUGGUCAACAAUUGAACAAUUUAAACAACUACAAAUAAAAUUAAAUCAUUUACAAGAAGAUAUUCGAGAAGCGAAUGAAAUUUUUCAUGAGCAUUUACCCAAUAUGAAAGUAUUUGAAGUUGAUCAUGAUGAUAUUCAGAAAAAGACGAAGAAAAUUAAUCAAAUUGAUUCACCAUCUCAAACUGAUGAAUUAAUUUUAGGUAAUGGAAAAAAUCAUUUAUCCAUUUUAUCAGGUUCAAUACGUAUUCAACAUCUUGAUGAUUCAACUAGUUCAGCUUCAUCUUCAUCAAAUAACGAACCAGUUAAACCUUCAACACCAAAUCCUAGUCGACGAUUGAAAAAAAAUUCAAAUGGUAUUGGAAACCAUUAUAAAUCCCUAAAUACACUUACUCAUCAACAUCAUUCAACAAACACAUCUAAUGGUAGUACUCAUCAUAGUAUUUCACUUGAACAUCAACAACAACAAUCUUCAUCGCCACGAAUUACGGGUAAUCACCGUUCUCGUCCACCUGUUUCGAAUCAUUCAUUAUCAAAAGUAAUUUCUAAUUCUGUUGCUGAUCUUUCUUUAUCGAUGAAUAAUUCAAAACUUUCUUCAACAACCAUUCGUGCAUCAACAUUUCAAUCCAAAUUAGAUUAUUGUAAUAAUGAAUCUUACAAAAAGAUUCCAUUAUCGCAAAGUUAUGAUUGGGGAAUAUUAGCUAUAACAAAUACAGACUUAAUCUUACUUUAUAGUAAAGAUAAAAAUUCAUUAGUAAUAUUUGAUGCUAAUGGACAUGAGAAUGAGAGAAUUCAAUGGUCAGAUGGCGAAAUAAAAGAUGUAUGUAUUUACCAUGAUGAUAGUAUUAUUAUCAUAGGUGAACAUAAACAAGCAUCAUCGAAACCACUUGAAUGUAAAUUAUAUCUAUGUAAUUUAACACGUAAACAGCUUGAACGUGAACGUGUUGUUGAACGUGGUCUUAAUUUUCAACGUGUAACAUCUGAUGAAAAAUUAAUUUUUUAUGGUUCAGAAAAAGGUUGUAAUAAAUCAAAAAUAUCAGUAUUUGAUAAUGAUUUACAACUACAAAUAACAUUUGAGGCUGGUGUUGAAAUACGAAGUUUAACUGUUGAUAUUCAAUAUUGUUAUAUAUUAGGAAAAAGACGUGAACGUGAAUCAGGAAGAUAUUUCGUGGAGAAACAUCAAAAAAAUGGUCAACUUGUUCGUCGUAUUGAUUUAUAUGAAUUAAAUGUUGAUAAUAUGAAUCGAUUAAUUAUUGAUCCAAUCAGUCAUGGUAUUAUUGUAACAGAUGGAGGAAAUAAGAAAGUUUGGGCGAUCGGACCUGAAGGAGAAAAGAAAUCAGUACAAUAUCGACCAUGGCCAUGGAGUGUUGGGUUUUUAACAACAGAUAUAUUAGUUAUUUUACAUGCUGGAUAUUUAACUCUUCAUACCGUUAGUCAUAAUAAACAAAUGAAUAAUGGAACUAAAAUAAGAAAUAUUAUAACGAAUGCAGAAAAAGUUUAA